UGGCAAACAUUUCAAGUGAACUUAAUCAACAAUUUUACGCCUUAUUUUGAUGAAACUUAAUAUGAAAUAGGAAGGAUGGUGAUACUAGUGUUUACUGUUGUGUUGAACCUUAUAGUCUCCCUGGAAGGCUGCAAGUUCACUGUUUCACCGCAAUUUCUAUUCUCAAGUCUGAACACGGUAGAAAUUGGUGCUUCUUGCUCGGACUGUAACAUCGUUAUCACCAAAUGCUAUCCAUUUGUUCUUUUUAGGUCGUCAACAGAUUGGGGCUCAGACUCCUUGGUGAACUGGGAGCCGCCAGACUCUGCAAGUUGCAGCACUCUAGGAAGGAUAGACAUGACAUUGUUUGGUCCUGUGUCGGAGGACUUGCUUUUGUCUGUCAUCCCUCAGUCCUGCACCCCUGAGUUCGAACAAGUUCACGUUCGUAUCAGUUCCUUUCUCUUCCAGAAUCUAACAACUGAAACAGAGCCGAGUCAAGAUUACAUGGAGGAGCUACAGUCACCGAUACAAACAGACCUUGAAUUAGACUUGUCUUCUCUAACAGGAAAGUCGAGCUUGCUCUACUGGAGCAGGACAGGAUCUUCUCUCAUCACACUUUCUAAAUCAACAAAAUCCACCUUAUCAUGUCCCGCAGGUCUUCUAGACAACACUCCCUACCUCUACGAACUCUCAUCAACCAUUCUUGCAAUUCUUUACAAUGGGACCCUCAGCACGACUUCCUCCUCCGGUACCACACAGGUUCAGAUAGAAGAAUGUAUCACAAGAGUCUCUGCCAGCUCGGACCUAAUUGAGAAAUAUCUGUUUGCAAUAAGUGAGGAUCAUGUGACCGACUCCAUCAUAACAAACUCAAUAUAUCGUGUCACAUUGGAUGGAACUGUCUCCAAGUUUUUAGAUUCGGACAGCAACAGCUUUAUUUGCUCGGGAGACGACACUCCAAAGUCCAGUUUUAAAUACACCAGCCUCCGGUUUCUUGAUGUACUCAGUGUGAAUUCCAAGCAAAUAAUCCUAAUGGAGCACAUCUCCGACUCCACCACAACUUACUUCUACCUUCUCCUAAACGGGGAGUCUCCCACUACAUGUCACAAGUUCCCGACAUCAGUUUCCUCUGUUUCGGAGAGCACGUCCCUGGAUCAAGUCCCCACCGGCCCCACCACAUUCCGUAUAGACCAGCUCCUCUCGCUCCACCCCUCGUCACCCCACGUGUUGGGUUUGGGAAGUGUGGUGGUAUACUCACCUUGUUUUGGAUGUUCCUGGUACUUGUUACCUGUCAGUCACAGUGCUGAGCCUGAUGCUGGAUAUCGUGUGGAUCUUGAUAAGGCAGGUAAAUACGUGAUCCAAACUGCCAACUCUCUCUACUAUGGUUUCUUCGGAGACACUAUUGAACUUUCCAAACUUGACUUCAUGGGAAUUGAAAGUUUCACUUCCUCAAACUUGCUGACUAUCAGAGGUAGAGAAGUGGUGAUGACUUCCUUCUUUGAUUCUGAUGGCAAGGUUGGACAGAGUGACACGGCGGUGGACUUAUUAGCUGUCGAGCAGUUCGCCAGAGAGAACUCUAAGUUGGAGAAAAUACUCGGAGGAACGUUUCAAAAGAAUGUAGAAGUAACGGUUAACGCCAAUCUUAGCGCCUCUUUCACGAGACAGAAAAUAAAGAUCUACAGUCAGCCUACCCAGCACCAGGAGGUGCUGGUUCAUAACAUGAUCCCUGAAAAGGUCUACCUUCAGAAUGGCGAAUCUUACAACUUGGAGUUCACAUUUUCCUUGUCAUCUCCAAACAUCUCUGAUUUAGACUAUUUGAUUGCAGAGUCGCACGUUAGCUUGAAUGUCUGGAAUGGAACCUUUCUGGAAAUCAGCUCCGACAAGGAAGUUGAUUAUCGUACCUUGAAAGUCUUGUAUACCAUUCAUAUCACGGAUAUUGGGAAAGCUAAUAGAGCCGAGCCAGGUGAAAAGAUAGUGCCUGUGAGUAUAGCGGUGUUUCCCAGUCAGGCCUGUACGUUGGCUCCGUUCCAUAUAAUGCUCGGUUGUAAACCAUAUCAGAAAGUUUCCUUGAGCCAAGUGGACACACCAAACCUCCUUGUCAGUACAACGAGUGAGAUUAUACGGCUACAAUAUGACCAGGACUUUCAUCCUAAAUUCAGUAUUCAUGAUUUAGUUUCCGGUGGUGAUAUCCCAUACUUGGGGAACUAUACUCUGACGAUCUUGGGGUCAGGUACCACUGUCGAACAGAUCGAAAUGUGGGAUGAAGGAGAGUUGGAAAAGUUCAAUAAGAAUGGAGGUGCGACUAGCGUUUGGACAUGGAAAGAUUCAUUUAAACAGAUUAAAUGGCUUUGCCGUGAAAGAAGUCCAUGCGCAAACGUAUACCCAAAAACAUCAGAGGGUGUUCCAAAUUUCUGUUUUAAGAUUAAGUUCAGCAACUUAGAGUUCACGGAUAGCGAAUCUUACUGUAUAUUCGAGGAGGAGUUGACGAUAUGUGUUCACGGACUUCCGCUGUCCAUCUGGCAGAGUAUUGCAACCUUCAGUGUUAUAAUGGUAUUUUUCAUUGGGACUCUGUUCACGUUGUUUAUCAAGAAACACAGUUGGCGAACUCUGCUGGAAGAAAUAAAAAUAAAAAAGCCGGAAGAAGACGUUGAUGAGGAGUACGAGAUGUUUGUCAAAGAACGUCAAGUGAGAGAACGUCAGCGUGCCAGCACCCUCCGGCCUUAUCAUCCCGGUGACAAGCGACAAAGCAUCGUUAAUCAGAUCCGGAUGAUGCAAGGAGGUUCUAUCUCAUCUGGAGACAACCGUAACUCUCUAGCUCCCAGUAUGAGGUCAAGUGUGGCUAGGAGUCGCAGCUCACGCAGCCAUAUCUCUCAGAAAUGAACUGGUUUUUGUUGGUAUACUUCUAGUUCUUCUACCCAAAGGUCAGAUUUCAGAAAAAAUCGUUUUAUGAACCAGUUGCCCUUCAUUUCAUACUGCAUCAUCUCAUCCAUCCACCACCAUAAUUUCGUCAAGUUCUCCAACACAUUUUUGGAUCAAAAAUUCUGUUAAUAUGACGAUUAUCGGAUUGUUGUAGUUAAGUUGCAAUAUGAGUCAGACUAGCAUUAUUUGAUAAAGAAAAGUCUAGAAAGUGUGAUUUUUGUGAAUUUAUUGCUAACAAGAAGUAAACGUUUUGGCUUCUUGUAGUUAAAAUAUUGAACAGAACAUUUUACGUUUACAACCUUUAUUGUUAUCUAGUAUCUACAUCUGAAAUUAUCAUUCAUACUUCAAAGUUUACAAGUUGAUUGCUGCUAUGUAGUUUUGUAAAAUGUUUAAGCAAUAAAAAAUUACAUAAACAAGUUCUUGAACGUAGUCGUAAGGAUGCUUUUGCAGAAAAUUUUCACAGUCUGAUGACCAAAUGAUGCUGAGAUUGUUGUAGUUUCUUUGCUCGUAGUAUUUCAAAUAGCAUAUUUCCCCGCUGCUAUACGUCAGUUUAUCUAAUCUAAUCCGAAGUUAUGUGUUCUGAUAGAAAGAUACAAAAUAUAUAUUUUUCACCCGUAAUGGGCACUGUUGCCCAUGAUUCUCCUC